AUGAUUGCACCUUGUCCCCCAACAGCCUCUUCUCAAACUAAAACUAGUAUUCAUUUAUCUACUCCACUCUUCUCUGAUUUUAUUACUCCACCAACAACGUCUGUAGAACCUCCUGUUUUGGUCAAUGCAUCUUAUGCGGGGGCUGACACUUCAGGUUUUACAAUGUCUCAUAUCUCACCACCCAUUUCCUCUCUUUGCCAAGAUAACCCAGAUAUGAUCUAUGGGGAUGGUGAAGAUGACAUGGUAGGAUUCACUUUUAGUCCAUUCACCAUUAGGAGUGAGAGUGAUGAAAAAGCUCCAGUAAUGAAGGGGCAACUCAAAGCCAUCCAUGAAAAUCUUGACUCAUUUCUUAAGGCUUCAAAACCCUCCUCAACUGAAGAUUACUCCCAAGCUUCAGUAAAGUCUAUACUUGAAACUCUCACCAAAUAG